AUGGUUCACUCACCGACCAACUUGCACAUCGAUGUCGGACGACGACUUGACGAUCAACCCCACCCAGGAUCGUUCAACUCCAGCUCGGACGAACCCAAGGGCAUCGCCGGAUUUUGUUACGCCAACAGCAAACUCAAUCAAGUACGCGCUAUGGCGCCCACUAUUGCGAUCAUAGGAGCAGGGGCUGGCGGCCUUACAUUUGCGAUCAAGCUUAAGCGACAACUUGGAUAUGAAAACUUCGUCAUCUACGAGAAGCACGAGGAAGUCGGUGGUACUUGGAGGGAUAACGUUUACCCAGGGUGUUCCUCCGACAUACCGACCGUUUUCUACUCGUUAUCAACCGACCUUCACGAUUGGCCAGGAAGUCAUGGAUCUCAACCAGAAAUUCUUGACUAUUGGAAAGGCCUCGCCGACAAAUACCACCUAUACCCACAUAUCCGUUUUCACCACAACGUAGUCUCUGCAACAUGGGACGAGUCCACCUCCCGUUACGAGAUCACCCUUUCCAAUACCGCCACACAGGAACAGCAAAAGACCUACGCCGAGAUUCUUGUAUCCGCCGUCGGAGUACUGGAGAACCCUCGUUAUGCCAACAUCCCCGGUCUUGGAAUGUUCCAGGGAUCCGUUUUCCACUCAGCAAGAUGGGACAGGAGCGUGGAUUUGACUGGCAAGAGGGUUGCGGUGAUCGGGAAUGGGACUUCUGCGGCCCAAUUCGUACCAGUAAUAACGCAAGAUCCGUCAGUCGAAGUCGUCAAUUUCUGCCGAACUCCCAACUGGUUCAUGCCUCCAAUACGGACACAAUAUUCAGCUAUGCGGAGGUGGCUGACUCGAAAUAUACCCCUUCUCAACCGGAUAAUGCGUUAUUCAAUGUUCAUCACGCUGGAAUCACUCUAUCUCGCCGUUUUCAGCGUUCACUUCCCUUUGCUGCGACCUCUCAUGACUGCAUGGGCAAGGCGUUACAUGACACGAGCGGCUCCAAGUGAGGAACUUCCUAACUUGUUCCCAAAAUUCCCGAUGGGAUGCAAACGGAUAAUCUUUGAUACUGGAUAUCUGCCUGCCCUGCAUCGGCCAAAUCUACACCUAAAUUGGGACGGGAUCGACUCUAUAGUCGAAAAUGGUAUCGUCACAAAGAAGAGCGAGUUUCUCCCUUUCGACGUGAUCAUUUUUGCAACCGGAUUUUCCGCUGACGUCUACCCUCUUCCUGUCUACGGACGCGAUGGUGAAUCAAUCAAGGAUUAUUUCAACGAACAGAACGGAGCCAAAGCGUACUGCGGAACCACAGUUCCGAAGUUCCCGAACUUCUUCAUCCUCCUUGGUCCAAACACGACAACAGGCCAUACCUCCGUUAUCUUCUCCACCGAAGUACAAGUUGACUACACGUUCCAACUCAUUAAACCUAUCCUGGAAGGGAGUUUGAAAGCAGUCGAGCCAAAGGUCGAGCCCACGGAUGCGUAUGACAAACAUAUACAGAAGCGGAUGAAGAACUCGGUUUUUGUUCACUGCUUAUCUUGGUACCGUGUCGGCGGAGAAGGCAAGGUUACGAAUAUGUUCCCUGGGUGCUGCCGCACUCCGAUUUUGGUGGUACCUCCGGAGACCUAA